AUACUAUUGAGUCACAUGACCUCGGCACUGGAGGUGCCUCUUGAUCCUAAAGUACUGGAAGGAUUGCCCCAACCCCCCACUAUAACGCUACAGUCCCCCAAGGAUUAUAUCUUUGAUCCGCGGGAGAACAUCGUCAUCCACUGUGAGGCCAAGGGGAAGCCUCAUCCCAGCUUUUCGUGGACAAGAAACGGGACUCACUUUGAUGUCGAGAAAGACUCCAAAGUCCUGAUGAAGCCCGGUUCAGGAACUCUUGUCAUCGACAUCAGCGGGGAAAAGGCUGAGGCCUAUGAGGGAACGUAUCAGUGUACGGCACACAAUGAGCACGGCACCGCUGUAUCCAACAGCAUUGUCAUCAGACAGUCCAGGUCCCCCUUGUGGUCGAAGGAGAGAAACGAGGCAAUCGUGGUGCAGAUGGGGGUCUCCCUGGUGCUGCAGUGCCGACCCCCUGCAGGGCUGCCCCCUCCUGUCAUCUUCUGGAUGGAUAAUAAUUUCCAGAGGCUCCCGCUGGAUAAACGAGUGUCCCAGGUUCUGAAUGGAGACUUGUACUUUUCCAAUGUCCUCCCAGAAGACACCAGGAGCGACUACAUCUGCUAUGCUCGCUUCCCUCACACACAAACCAUCCAGCAGAAACAGCCCAUCUCAGUCACCGUGCUGGACAGUAACCCAGAGGGGGAGCGUCGCCCCGGUUUCAUGAUGCCUCUGGGGGCCACCAGCACCAAGAUGGUUCUGAGAGGAGAGACUCUGGAGCUGGAAUGCAUUGCUGACGGCCUACCCACUCCAGAGAUCUCCUGGGAGAAGGAUGGAGGAGAGCUGCCGAGCAGCAGGAUGUCCUUCUCUAACUUCAGGAAAACACUCAAAGUUUCGGAUGUGAAUGAAGACGACGGUGGGGACUACCGCUGUACAGCCACAAACCACCUGGGCACUGCACGCCACGUCAUCAAGGUCACUGUCAAAGCGGCUCCUUUCUGGGUCAGCGCUCCCAGGAACCUGAUCCUCGCCCCGAACGAGACCGGCAUCCUGACUUGUCGAGUUAAUGGAGAACCCAAACCUGAGAUUCGCUGGUUUGUCAAUGGAGUCUCCUUAGAGAAUGCACCUGAGGACCACAGUCGGAAAGUGGAUGAUGACACUGUGAUUCUGAGCAACGUGCAAACGGGGUCCAGUGCCGUCUACCAGUGCAACGCAUCCAAUGAAUUUGGUUACCUGAUGGCAAACGCAUUUGUCAACGUUCUUGCUGAGGCACCAAGGGUGCUUACUCCACCUAACCGAGUGUACCAGGUCAUCACCAACAACCCUGCAUUACUUCACUGUGCCUCAUUCGGCUCACCAAUACCGACGAUCACAUGGUUCAAAGACAGUCAGACCAGCGUUAAGAAUGGUGACCCUUACGUGAUCCAUGAGAACGGCACAUUGGACAUCCAUGUGGCACAGCCAAUAAACAGUGGAAAGUACACAUGCAUUGCCACCAACAACUUGGGGAUCAAGGAGAACCACGUCUACCUGGAAGUUAAAGAGCCCACCCGCAUCCUGAGGCAGCCAGAGUACAAGGUGGUGCAGAGAGGAAUGAGCGCUGUGUUCGAGUGUAAAGUCAAACACGACCCGUCCCUUAUUCCCACCAUGACCUGGCUCAAAGACGACGGAGAGCUGCCUAAUGGGAGGUUUGAGGUGAACGUUGACAGUCUGACCAUCAAAGACGUGACGGAUGGCGAUGAGGGCACCUACACCUGCAUCAUGAACACCACCCUGGACCAGGACUCAGCCAGUGCAAUGCUGACUGUCGUAGAGGCUACUCCUCCUCCAGCUCUUGUCCACGAGAAACCUGACCCUGCAACGGAUUUGGAACUGACGGACCAGACAGACAGGAGCGUUCAGCUCACCUGGAUCCCCGGAGACGAAAACAACAGUCCCACACAGAAGUUUCUGAUCCAAUACGAGGAUCUGCUCCACCAGCCCGGAGUUUGGAUCAACCUGACGGAGGUUGCCGGUACGAGCACCACGGCACAGUUAAACCUCUCUCCAUACGUCUACUACUCCUUCAGAGUCCUGGCUCUGAAUAACGUUGGCUACAGCCAGCCCAGCCAGCCCUCAAGUCAAUACAGGACCAACCCUGCAGCUCCCGAUCAAAAUCCAUCAGAUGUUCAGUGUGUAGGAACAAAGCCUGGAAACUUGGUCAUCUCGUGGACACCGUUGACAGGAUUUCAGGCUAACGGUCCCAGUCUGGAGUACAACGUGCUGUGGAGACAGAAGGACACGGAUGAGGAUUGGUCCUCAAAGAAUGUGGCCAACGCUUCACAGUUCGUCGUGUCUGGAACUCCUAUUUACGUGCCCUACGAGGUCAAGGUUCACGCUUUGAAUGAUUACGGCAACGGCCCUGAGCCUGGCGUAGUGAUUGGAUACUCUGGAGAAGACUUGCCUCUGUCAGCUCCUGAGAAUGUGCAGAUCAUGGUUCACAACAGCACACUUGCAGAAGUGCACUGGGAGCCUGUUUCUUUCCCCUCCGUUAGAGGACAACUACAGGGAUACAAGGUAUACUACCAACGUGAGCGUGGCGUGCAUGACACAGAGGACACAGAGCAGCAGGUGUUGACGUUCAGUGGGAAUCGUAGCGAGGGACGUCUGCCAGGCCUCCAGCCUUACAGCCUCUACAACCUCACCAUCAGAGUCCUUAAUAACAAAGGAGAAGGACCUUCAAGCCCCAGCAAGACAUUUAAGACACCUGAGGGAGUCCCAGGGCCUCCUUCUUUUCUGAAUGCCAUUAACCCUAAUUUAGACUCUCUCACUCUGGAAUGGGGCCCUCCAAUGAACAACAAUGGACGGCUUGCUGGGUACACACUGAAAUACCAACCAGUCAACAACACCAAUGAACUGGGGCCAGUAAAGGUCAUGACCUUCCUAGCCAACGAGACCACCAUUACCCUGGGCAACCUGAACUCCAGCAUGCUCUACAAGUUUUACUUAAGUGCAAAUACAAUCAAGGGCUCUGGCCCCAUCAUCACAGAGGAGGCCUUCACAGUCAUGGACACAAGUAAUUAUGCUUACUGCUUGUCUCCAUCUUCUCCUCCUUUCUGUGUGUGUGUGUGUCUAGCUGUACCCAGCCGGCAGGUAGACAUUGCCACCCAGGGCUGGUUUAUUGGCCUGAUGUGUGCCAUCGCUCUCCUCAUCUUGGUCCUCCUCAUAGUGUGCUUUAUCAAGAGGAACAAGGGUGGAAAAUAUCCAGUGAAAGAGAAAGAAGAUGCUCACCAAGACCCAGAGAUCCAGCCUAUGAAGGAGGAUGAUGGGACAUUUGGAGAGUACAGUGACACGGAGGACCACAAGCCGCUGAAGGGCAGCCGGACGCCGUCCAACGGGACGGUGCGCCGAGACGAGAGUGAUGACAGCCUGGUGGACUACGGGGAGGGCGGGGACGGACAGUUCAACGAGGACGGCUCCUUCAUCGGCCAGUACAGCGGCAAGAAAGAGAAAGACACACACGAAGGCAACGAGAGUUCGGAGGCCCCGUCGCCUGUCAACGCCAUGAACUCGUUUGUCUAACGACGGGUCCCCACCCCUCCCCCUGCGCAGGCCCGGCUGCUACGGCCACUCCUUGUCACCCUGGCAAGUGUGACCAUCUCUGUGGUGACAGUUGCUAAGGUGACGGUCGUUGUGGGCGCCUACUUCUAGCACGGUGGCUUGUCACUCUGGUGGCACCUCCCCAUAGCUACCUGUCACCAAGACUGCUGACACGCCCUCAUCUCCACACCUGCCAACCCCUGUCACACUGUGACCUCUUCGUAUCUACACACACUCAAACAUGGCCAAGACACCACAUCCCCCAUAACCACUGAAAGAAGGUGUGAAGCGAGGGAUGUGAGAACUCCGAGAAGAGGGAAGGAGAGAGGAAGCAAUAUAGAAAAGCAGAAGGAAUGUACAAGAGAUUUUUACCACUCAGACUGAGCAGAAGUGUGUGUGUGUGUGCGCGUGUGUGUGUGUGUGUGUGUGUUAGUGCCAUUUGAUCUCCUUUGCGAACAUACUAAACAUGAUGUAUCCAAAUAUAUAUUUUAUCAAAGUACAGUAC